GAUCUGUUUUGUCUCGAGUUCAACAGGAAACUACACUUCCCAUGAACCCCUGCGAGCUAUUGCUUCACUAGUUUCGUACCCGAGUUGACUAUUCUUCCAAAUUCCGUCUCAUGGAGCUUUUUAUUAUUUAACAUCACUCACCGCUGCUGAGAUGGCGGAAUCUGCGUCUCGUCCGGUGUUUCAGCUCGGAAAACCGCGUUACGAGCAGAGCACAUUUCUUGGCAGGUUGAGACAUUUCAUUGAUAUCAUCGAUCCUUCCACUUUGUUUGUGACAGAGAGUCGUUUAAGAGAAUGUAUCAAACUCCUGGAUGAUUUCAAGCAAGGGAAUCUUCCUCCAGGAAUUACAGAUCACCAGCUGUGGGAGGCUCAGAAGGUGAAGCAGGCCAUCAUUCACCCCGACACCGGAGAAAAAAUCUUCAUGCCUUUCCGCAUGUCAGGCUAUGUGCCAUUUGGAACGCCAAUCGUUGUUGGUCUUCUCCUUCCAAACCAGACUUUGGCCUCUACAGUGUUCUGGCAGUGGCUUAACCAGAGUCACAACGCUUGUGUGAACUACGCCAACCGCAACGCCACAAAGCCAACACCAACCUCAAAGUUUAUUCAGGGAUAUGUGGGUGCCGUCACCAGUGCCGUUUCUAUUGCAGUGGGACUGAAUGUACUUAUUGAGAAAUCCAGCAAAUUUAGCCCUGCCACCAGACUGUUCAUACAGAGGUUUAUCCCCUUCCCUGCUGUAGCCAGUGCGAACAUCUGUAACGUGGCUCUAAUGAGACACAAUGAGCUGUCUGAGGGAAUAGAUGUGCUAGACAGCAAAGGGAAUGUAGUGGGAUCCUCACGGAUAGCUGCCAAACAUGCACUGAUAGAAACAGCACUAACUCGAGUAGCGCUACCACUGCCAAUCUUUGUCCUUCCACCAAUCAUAAUGGCCUUCUUGGAAAAGCUUCCUCUGAUGCAGGCCCAUCGCAGAAUGAUGCUGCCUGUGCACAGUUUAGUGUGUCUGGCCGUCUUUGGUCUGUCCUUGCCGCUGGCUAUCAGUCUCUUCCCACAGAUGUCAGAGAUCGAGGCAUCUCACCUUGAGCCGGAAAUUGCCAUGGCAACGGAUUGCAAGGUGCUGACUUACAAUAAGGGACUGUGAUGAAAGAGAGAGAAGUUUAAUCAGCUGUCUAAGAUUGCCAAGGACAUGUAGCAUAACAGGUGCAAACAGUAUUGAGGAGAAAAAUGUAUUCUGAGCAAUAGUAACCAGCUAACCUUUUCCUUAACUACUGAGCCAUUCAGAGGCGUCAUGCCAAUUCAAAGUGAUUUGGGCACGUGCCCCCUCAGAUUUCUGAGCCAAGUGAAUUUUGAAUGCUGCUUCCUAAAGACAAAAAAUAACCGAAUAAUAUGUUUUAUAUUUGAUACAAUCGCACCGGUAUGAUUAGAUAGUUCAGUGCGGAACAUCACCAGCUGCUAAAUUCAAAUCUGCGUUCACGCUUUGUACAGCGCUGCAUUAUAACCAAUCACACACGAUUCUGUUGAGCUUAUGAAUGCGAUGGCCAAUCAGAGACGUUCAGAUGAGUCAUCUCUGAAACACGGUGUUUUGUUCACUUGCUCGCUGACUGAAUUAUCUGGCGAAUUCCCUCAUCAGAAAUAACAAAGUGUAGAUGUGCGUACAAGAUAUUAAUUUCACAGUGGGCUUUGUGAUUUAAAUGGGAGAGUGCCUGAACUCUGGCUAGUCUAAAUGAAAUUGUUCUUUGAUAAUUUAAAUACUCUUUGCUCUCUGUAAAAUUAAUGUUAUAAUUAGUAACUUACAACAUUGUUAUUAAAUUCACAUUAAUACAAAAUGAGUCGUAUUAAAAAUAUUUUAUGGCAUGACACCCAUAUCUGGGACUUAAGUAAAAAGAUGGGUUUUAUGUGUAGUUAAUACAUUACAGUAUUAGUCUACUUUGCCCAUCAUAAAUUAUAGAUAAAAUAACAAUUUAUAAAUGUUUUUUUUUCUUAAUUUUUACGCAUUUUAGCAGACGCUAUCCAAAGCAACUUACAGUGCAUUCAGGUUAACAUUUUUUACCUAACAUGUGUUCCCUGGGAAUCAAACCCACAACCUUUUGGGCUGCUAACGCAAUGCUCUACCACUGAGCCACAGGAACACUGCAAAACUUUUUUUUCACUCAUGUGUGCCCCCUCAAAAAUCUUGAGUGCAUGACGCCUCUGGAGCCAUUUAUCAGUUUAACAGAACUGUUUAUAAAGUAAUAAUAACUGUAUUUACCAUUUUACUGAUAACUAUGACAGGGAGAAAACAGGGCCUUAUAUUAAAUGAUUUUAUAUAUUAAUAAAUAUUAUAUUCAUGUUGAUCAAAUAAAUUAUGAAUAAUGAGACUAGUUGGUGCUGCUUUACAUUUUUAAUUAUUCUAUUAUAUGGUCAGUGAAUGCACUUUAAUGAAAAUGUAAUUGCAGUUAACUUUGUGUUUAGUUGCAUGUCACACUUAAUAUUUUCCAAAUCCCUAAAAAAAUGUGUAUUUCUUGUUUUUAUGUGUACUUGUGCAGAGUUUUAGUCCUUAAGUAUUAACAUUUUAAAACUAUUUCUAUUGCAAUAUCGACACACAAAUAUAUGUUUGAAAAUUGUACUAUUUUUGAGACUGUCAAAAAUGUGUUCUGUUUAAACAAUGAAUAUUUUUUAUGGUCUGGUAUUAACAUUUAAUUAAUUAAAUAACAUAAUUUUGAUAAAUAUA